UCUUGACUCUCACUCUCUUCAGCUCUCUCUCACAGACCCUUUCUCUCAGCCUCUGUUGUUUCACUCUCUUUUCUUUGUUUUAGCUUUAGGGGUUUGAUUUAGGGUUUUGGGUUAGAACCCACCAAUUCGAAGGGCAGUGGGAGUGAGAAUCUGUGUACUUUUUAAGGUUUUCUGUAAAAGACAUGGAGGAAAAUGGCUCUUCAACUUUUUUAGAUGGGGAGAUUGUUGGGAUCAGUUUUUCUUUGGCUACUCGUCAUGAAAUUUGUACAGCAUCCAUCAGUGACUGCCCCAUUACCCAUGUAACUCAACUGGCAAAUCCCUUUCUUGGCCUGCCCCUUGAAUUUGGUAAAUGUGAAUCUUGUGGAACUUCUGAACAAGGGAAAUGCGAAGGCCAUUUUGGAUAUAUUGAAUUACCAAUUCCAAUAUAUCAUCCCAGCCAUGUCAGUGAGUUAAAAAAGAUGUUGAGCUUAUUGUGCUUGAAGUGCUUGAAAUUGAAAACUAACAAGUUUCCGCUCAAGAAUGCCGGUGUAGCGGAAAGAUUGAUGUCUUCAUGUUGUGAGGACACUCCACAAGUUUCUGUUAAAGAGGUUAAAUCAACAGAUGGCGCUACUUUCUUGGAACUGAGGCUGCCACAAAAAAAUGCAAGACUGAAAGAUGGUUUAUGGAAUUUUUUGGAAAGAUAUGGUUUUCUCUAUGGUGAUGACUUUUGUCGGCCUUUGCUUCCUUGCGAGGUGAUGGAAAUGCUGAAAAGAAUUCCUGAACAGACUAGGAAAAAACUUUCUAGGAAAGGGUAUUUCCCUCAAGAUGGAUACAUCCUGCAGUACUUACCUGUCCCCCCAAACUGCUUGUCUGUGCCAGAAAUUUCUGAUGGUGUUACUGUCAUGUCUUCAGACCCUUCUUCAUCAAUGCUCAAGAAAAUUCUUAGACAGGUUGAGAUCAUCAGGAGUUCAAGAUCUGGGACACCAAAUUUUGAAUCUCAUGAAGUUGAAGCCAAUGAUUUACAAUCAACAGUUAAUCAGUAUCUGCAAAUCAGGGGCACUGCAAAAGCAUCUCGUGAUAUUGAUUCGCGAUUUGGAGUUAGCAAAGAGCCCAACAAUUCUUCAACAAAAGCGUGGCUUGAAAAAAUUAGAAUGUUGUUCAUUAGAAAGGGUUCAGGCUUCUCCUCCCGAAGUGUGAUAACUGGGGAUGCUUAUCAAAAAGUCAGUGAGAUUGGCAUCCCACUCGAGAUUGCACAGAGGAUUACCUUUGAGGAGAAGGUCAAUGAGCACAACAUUAAGUAUCUACAAGAGCUGGUAGAUAAGAAGUUGUGCCUUACAUAUGGAGAUGGCUCAUCAAGGUAUUCACUGAGGGAGGGUUCCAAGGGGCAUACAUUUCUCCGAACGGGCCAAGUAAUACAUCGGCGGAUUAUGGACGGGGAUAUUGUUUUUAUUAACAGGCCACCAACAACCCAUAAGCAUUCAUUGCAAGCACUUACCGUGUAUGUUCACGAUGAUCACACUGUGAAGAUAAACCCACUCAUUUGUGGGCCCUUAAGUGCUGAUUUUGAUGGUGACUGCAUUCAUUUAUUCUAUCCACAGUCUCUUGCUGCGAAAGCCGAAGUUUUGGAACUUUUCUCCGUGGAUAAACAAUUGCUUAGCUCUCACAGUGGCAAACUGAACUUGCAACUGGCUAUUGACUCGUUGUUGUCGCUGAAGACAAUGUUUAAGACAUAUUUCUUACAGAGAGCAGCAGCUCAGCAGUUGGCCAUGUUUGCUUCAUCUCCUUUGCCAGAGCCUGCUUUAUUGAAGGCUCAUUCUGCUGCCCCUUGUUGGACUACUUUGCAGAUGUUACAGACGGCUUUGCCAUCUCACUUUGACUGCUGUGGGGAGAAACACUUGAUUCGCCAAAGUGAUAUAUUGGAAAUUGACUUCAAUAGGGAUAUUGUAUCAUCUGUGGUUAAUGAAAUUGUGACCUCUAUUUUCUUUGAGAAGGGUCCUGAAGAGGUUCUAAAUUUUUUUAAUUCUCUACAGCCUUUGUUGAUGGAAAACAUAUUUACAGAAGGUUUCAGUGUCGGGUUAGAGGAUUUUGCCAUAUCCAGCGAGGUCAUACAAACAAUUCGAAAGAAUUUUCAGGUUGUUUCUCCUUUGCUGUAUCACCUAAGGUCAACAUACAAUGAGCUGGUGCAAUUGCAAUUAGAGAAUCACAUCAAACUUGUGAAGGUGCCGGUUACAAAUUUUAUUCUACAGUCGUCUGCAUUGGGUGAUUUAGUCGACUCCAAAAGUGAUUCAGCUAUUAACAAAGUAGUUCAACAAAUUGGCUUUUUGGGCCUGCAGCUUUUUGAUAAGGGAAAGUUCUACUCCAAGACAUUGGUUGAAGAUGUGGCCUAUCUUUUCCAUAGUAAAUAUUCUUCUGAUGGAGUUGAUUAUCCUUCUGCAGAAUAUGGAUUAAUCCAAAGCUGUUUUUUUCAUGGGUUAGAUCCAUAUGAGGAGCUGGUUCAUUCAAUAUCUACGAGAGAAGUAAUUGUUCGCUCAUCGAGGGGAUUGUCUGAACCUGGUACCUUAUUUAAAAACUUAAUGGCCAUCCUUCGAGAUAUUGUUAUUUGUUAUGAUGGCACAGUGAGGAAUGUUAACAGCAACUCCAUAAUCCAAUUCGAGUAUGAGGUAGAUUCUAGAAGUAAGGCCCAUAAUAUUUUGCCUGCUGGUGAACCUGUUGGCGUCUUAGCUGCAACUGCGAUGUCAAAUCCUGCAUAUAAGGCAGUUCUUGAUUCUACUCCAAGCAGCAAUUCCUCAUGGGAGUUGAUGAAGGAAAUAUUGCUUUGCAAGGUCAAUUUUAAGAAUGAACUUAUUGACCGGCGUGUGAUAUUGUUUUUGAAUGAAUGUGGUUGUGGGAGAAAAUAUUGCCGAGAAAAAGCAGCAUAUUUAGUGAAGAAUCAAUUGAAGAAAGUCAGCCUUAAAGAUACUGCUGUUGAGUUCCUGAUUGAAUAUAAAGAACAACAAACUGUGUCAGGAAGUUCUGAAAUUGAUGCAGGCCUGGUUGGUCAUAUUCAUCUAAAUGAGAUGCUAUUGAAAGAGAUGAACACUAGUAUGCAUGAGGUUCUUCAUAAGUGCCAAGAGACUGUUAAUUCUUUCCGGAAGAAGAAGAAACUUGGUCAUGUUUUUAAAAGAAUGGUUUUGUCUGUCAGUGAAUGUUGCUCUUUCCAGCAAUCUUGUCAACAGAAAAGCUCUGGUAUGCCAUGCUUGAUGUUCUUUUGGCAAGAUGCAAGUGAUAGUCAUUUGGAGAAAACAUCACAUAUCCUUUCUGACAUUAUUUGCCCAGUUCUUCUGGAAACAAUCGUUAAAGGUGAUCCUCGGAUUUGCUUGGCAGACAUUAUAUGGGUUAAUCCAGAUACGACAACUUGGAUGAGAAACCCUUGCAAUCGGAAUGGUGAAUUGGCACUGGACAUUGUUCUGGAGAAAUCUGUCGUGAAGCAAAGUGGCGAUGCUUGGAGGAUUGUCCUAGACUCUUGUCUUCCUGUACUUCAUCUAAUUGACACCCGGCGUUCCAUACCAUACGCGAUAAAGCAACUUCAGGAAAUGCUAGGGGUUUCUUGUGCCUUUGAUCAAGCAGUUCAGCGCCUGGAAAAAUCAGUGACAAUGGUAGCAAAAGGUGUUCUUAAAGAGCAUCUCAUUCUCUUGGCAAAUAGUAUGACGUGUGCUGGAAAUUUGGUUGGCUUCAAUUCUGCUGGAUAUAAAGCAUUGUCGCGCUCAUAUAAUGUCGAAGCACCAUUUACAGAAGCAACACUUUCUACACCAAGAAAAUGUUUUGAGAGAGCUGCUGAAAAGCGUCAUACGGAUUCACUAUCAAGCAUAGUUGCAUCUUGUUCCUGGGGUAGACAUGUGGCAGUGGGUACAGGAUCUAGAUUUGAUAUCCUCUUGGACACAAAGGAGGUAGGAUUGAACCAAGAAGGCGGAAUAGAUGUUUAUAACUUUCUCCAUAUGGUGAACAGUACUGCAAAUGGAGAAGAAUCACUAACUGCCUGUCUUGGUACAGAAAUUGAUGAUCUUAUGCUGGACGAUGAAUAUGCAGAUUGGGCCCCCUCCCCAGAGAAUAACUCAAGUUCUGACAAGCCCUUUUUUGAAGACAGUGCUGAAUUUGAGAGCAGUUUUGAUAAUCAGCCAGGCGAAUCAACAUGGGAUGCUGCAAACCCUUGGGGGAAAAAGGCUGGAGAUGUUGAUGGUGAGAACCCUUGGGGGAAAAAGGCCGGAGAUGUUGAUGGUGCGAACCCUUGGGGAAAAAAGGCUGGAGAUGUUGUUGAUGGCACGAACCCUUGGGGGAAAAAGGCUGUAGAUGUUGUUGAUGGCACGAACCCUUGGGGGAAGAAGGCUGUAGAUGUUGUUGAUGGUGAGAACCCUUGGGGGAAAAAGGCUGGAGAUGUUGAUGGUGCAAAUCCUUGGGGGAAAAAGACCGAAGAUGUUGUUGAUGGUGCGAGCCCUUGGGGGAAAAAGGCCGGAGAUGUUGAUGGAGCAAACCCUUGGGGGAAAAAGGCCGAAAAUGUUGUUGAUGGUGCAAGCCCUUGGGGGAAAAAGGCCGAAAAUGUUGUUGAUGGUGCAAGCCCUUGGGGGAAAAAGGCCGGAGAUGUUGAUGGUGCAAACCCUUGGGGGAAAAAGGCCAAAGAUGUUGUUGAUGGUGCAAGCCCUUGGGGGAAAAAGGCCGGAGAUGUUGUUGAUGGUGCGAGCCCGUGGGGGAAAAAGGCCGGAGAUGUUGAUGAUGCAAACCCUUGGGGGAAAAAGGCUGGAGUUGUUGAUGGUGCAAACUCUUUGGGGAUAAGGGCCAGAGAUGUUGAUGGUGCGAACCCUUGGGGGGAAAAGGAGGAAAAGACCGGAGCUGUUGAUGGUGCAAACCCUUGGGGGAAAAAGGCCUUAGAAAAUACUUCAGUUGGUUGGGGAACCCAUAAAGCUGAAUCAGGCGAUGUCUCCACCAAAGCCCCUGAGGACUCUUCCAGGUCCAGUGGUUGGGGUGCAGCAACCAAAAAUGUUUCUUCUGGUUGGGGAACAGGUGGAGAAGAAUUACGAGAUUCUUUUGUCUCUACAAAAGCACAAGAGAACUCUUCUACAUCCCCAAGCUGGGAUGCUGCGAGUCCUUGGCAGAAAAAGGCUGGAGAUGUUGCUGAAGAAGACUGGACUAGGAAUGAAAAUCCAUCCCCGUCUCUGGAACAUGCUGAGUCACCUGCCAUCAAUCAUCCACGGGGGCAGCUGAAGUCACCAGAAUCUUCUCAGGGUUGGGGUGCUAGGAACGAGGCAAAUCAAUCAGCAAGUUUGCAUGGUUGGGAUUCGCCAAAUGCUGGUGACGGUGAAAGAGAUGGACAGCAUCAGUGGGGAAGGCAGAGUGCAGAACCACCAUCCAAGAAAAAUGCCUUUGAAGGCUCAAGGGGUUGGGGUUCAAAUGAAGGCUCAAGGGGUUGGGGUUCAAAUGAUGGAGAAAGGAAAUCUAGUCGCCCUGCAAAAUCCCCGGGAAGAACACAGGCUGAUUCUGGUGCAGUUGGAAUAUACACUGCAACCAGACAAAGAUUAGAUAUGUUCACUUCUGAGGAACAAGAUGUUCUCUUGGAUGUUGAACAAAUUAUGCAGUCCAUUAGAAGAAUAAUGCAUCAGCCUGGGUACAAUGAUGGGGAUCCACUGCCAGCCGAAGAUCAAUCUUAUGUACUUGAUAAUGUUUUUAACUAUCAUCCAGAUAAAGCAGUGAAAAUGGGCGCUGGAAUUGAUUAUUUCAUGGUUAGCAGGCAUAGCAGUUUCCAGGAAAGUCGGUGCUUAUAUGUUGUCUCAACUGAUGGUCGAAAAGAAGACUUCUCCUAUCGGAAAUGCCUGGAUAACUACAUCAAGGGGAAGUAUCCAGACAUUGGUGAAACAUUCAUUGCCAAGUAUUUUAGAAAACCCCGUUCUGGCGGGAACCGGGAGAGGACCCCUACUCCAGAGGGAUGGAACCGGGACGGAUGGAACCGGGAGAAAACUCCCAAUCCAGAGGGAUGGAACCGAGAGAAAACCCCCAAUCCAGAGGGAUGGAACCAGGAGAAAACCCCCGUUCAAGAGGGAUGGAAUCAGGAGAAAACCCCCAUUCAAGAGGGAGGGAAUCAGGAGAAAACCCCCGUUCAAGAGGGAUGGAAUCAGGAGAAAAACCCCGUUCCAGAGGGAUCUGAGAAAGAGCAUUGGAAGUGAGGCUGCAGAUGGGGCCUUAGUUUUGUUAAUUGUAAAUCCUUUAGCUUGCUCCCUUGAUGUAAUUAGAUAGAGACAUUCCUAUCAGCCGUUAUUUUUGAUUUGUACAUAUGCAGGGCGUGUGUUAAGGAUACUUGUCAGCUCCUCUUCCAUGUGAACUGCUAAUUUUUUCAAAUGUCAGCAGUUCUUAUUUAUCCAAUACAUAGCUUAAUCUUGUAGCAUGUAACUUAUACAGUGGAGAGGGAAAUUCACAGGCUGCUUAUUCUUGUUUCUUUUGAUAUCUCAGUGUUCAAUUCU